AUUUGAUAAAGCACAAUACAAUACCUAAGUCUUAAAUGUUCGAAUAAAGUAUAAUCUUCGAAGGACGACAAAGUACACAGGUGAAGUGUUAAAACUUCCAAGUUACAUUUUUAAUAUGUGUCUUUAAAUGUUCUAUGUUCUAACGAUAAUAUUUGAGUAAACAAUCGCAUACAAUUUUUUUAAUCGUAACAACAUUUACUUACCACCUGAAAACUGAACACAAAACUUCUGCUCGAAUCAAAAUAUUGUUCUUUUGACUUUUACAAGUGUUAUAAAUUAAUAAUUCUAAACAUUUUCCAUCUAGUUUUUUCUGAAGGUAAACCUACUAAAAUAAAAAUCCAACAUGGCUGAUGCUUUCGAUAAACUUCGCAUGAUGGAAGACGAGAUGAAACAGUUUGAAGAAGAAAUUGGUAUUCCAAAUUAUAUAGGCAAUCCGGGUGUUAUCGGAGCCCAUACUUAUAAUCAGAUGUCGCAGCGUCUAUCAAACUCCCAGAAUAAUUAUUACAGCGAACACGAUCCUUGUGCUAUGCCGUCCAAUCCUGAUAGUUAUUCUAUAGUAGGACAACCGAGUUCAAUUAAUUCUCAACGAUACAACAACGGACGACCGUCAUAUAGCAAUGGCCAAAUGAUUAUACAGCAACCGCAAAAAAAAUUCAAUCUUAAAACUGAUAAAACAAUAGGGCCAGUGAUUCUUAGCGGAGCCCCAAAACUCUACACUUCCAAACCAGAACCGCAAAUAUCUUCGAAUGACCUGAUGAUAAAGCCAGAAGACAUAAUAAAAAUGACUUCCAGUAUUAAUCCUUUGAAAAAAGAAUCCAAAAAGACACAACCCAUGAUAUUGCCUGGCAAAGAGAUGGCGGAGGCCGUGAAAGCAACUGCUAAGACCACCGUUGUGUCCGCCGGUGGCAAUGCCGUUGCCGCGGCUGAAUGUGCGGCUUCAAUUCCUAAUCAGUCUGCAAAAACCAAAGGGAAAAAGAAUAAAAAGUUUGUUCGUACUUCGGGCGGACAAGUAUGGGAAGACUCAACACUUGCCGAAUGGGAUGAAGAUGACUUUCGAUUAUUUUGUGGCGAUUUGGGCAAUGACGUUACUGAUGAACUGUUAGCCAGGACGUUCAGCCGAUACCCUUCAUUUCAAAAAGCACGUGUGGUUCGUGAUCGACGAACAAUGAAGACUAGAGGCUUUGGUUUCGUCUCGUUUAAAGAUCCGGCAGACUUUAUUAGAGCUACAAAAGAACUUAACGGUCGAUACGUUGGAAGUAGACCAAUCAAACUACGCAAAAGUAUGUGGAAAAAUAGAAGUCUAGAGGUAGCCAAAAAGAAAGAAAAAGAAAAGGCUGCACUUAUUAACUUGUUGACAGGUCAAUCCUCGUGAAAUGUUACUUGUAAACUACAACUAAUAUUACUAUUCAUAUUUUCUGUACAUUAAUUUUAAAAAAAGACAUUUGUUUACACUAUGUAAAUAAUAAAACUGAACCGGUUAAAUUGGAAGCCUAUAAUGUUUGCAGUCAUUAACGCUGUCGUACAUUAACGUGUUGAAAGUAUAACAUUUGAUAAUAAAUAUUGUAUUUAAGUAACA